ACUCGGGAUCUCUCCUGUCUAGAGGGAUAGAGAAACCUUUUUUUUGUCUGAUAGCCAAUGUCACUCUCCAGAAAGUGUAACAUUGGUUUUGGUUUGUCUUUUUGGUUUUUGGCAUCAGGAGCCGCUCUUAUAGGGGGAGAUAUGUAACGUUGGUUUUGAUUUGGCCAAGCCCACUUUCUCCUGCAUUUAAGACAAUGUGAUUUUCACUUUCAUUUACUCGGGAUCUGUCCUGUCUACAGUGCUGGAGAAAGGUGGAAUGAUUUUUUUCAUGUUCAUUAAUUAAUUGAGAAACUGGAACUCAUCAUGUCACAACUGGAUGGUGCAAAGGUCCGGCAGUCUCAUAAGCCCAUGACUAUGGUGCUGCUGGGAACAAACAGCUGUAACAAGUGUCUGAUUGGUAACGCUAUCAUCCGGCAACAGUGCUUUGUGGCUGGACCAGAAAUGAUUACGUCAUUAGAUAAAACAUCCGUCCGUAUUAUCAACACUCCAGAUAAUCUCUCAGAACAAGAAGCUACCAGUAAAGAAGAGCUGAACCCAUCAUAUCCAGAUCCACAUGUGUUUCUCCUGGUGAUAGAAGAUAACAAGCUCUCACAAGAAGAAGUGAAGAUACUCGACUACCUGAAAGAGAGAUUUGGAAAGAACAUUGUGGAAAACACAAUCAUUGUGAAGGUUAGCGGCGAAGAGGAAAGUUCUGAAGCACCGGCCGAUGAGAAUCUCACAAAGGUUCUGAAUGAGUGCGGGGAGCAAAUUUCUGUUCGUAAGAAUGAAGACGUAAAAGAAUCUGAUCUGAUGAAGCAACUGAUGGAGAAAUGGGACAAAAUGCAGAAGCGGCUUCGUGACCCAAGCAACUCUGCAGCUAGUGAAGAUCACGUUUAUGAUGAUCUUGAUGCCAUUCAGCAGAAAGAGUCGACAGUUAAAGGGGAGGACGCAAAAGUCCAGCAGCCUCAUAAAGACAUCAGUCUGGUGCUGCUGGGAUUGAACAACAACAAAUGUAUGAUAGGCAACGCAAUUCUUCAAGAAGAUUGGUUUGAUGCUGGAAAAGAAAGGCACACAAAGGUGAAACAAGUAGAAGAUCGGUCGAUCUGCGUUAUCAACACUCCAGAUAAUCUCUGCCGGCCGAUCCCAAAACCAGAUGAGCUGAACCCAUCAUAUCCAGGUCCACGUGUGUUUCUCCUGGUGCUAGAAGAUAACAAGCUCUCACAAGAAGAAGUGAAGAUACUGGACUGCCUGAAAGAGAGAUUUGGAGAGAGAAUGGUUGAAAAUACGAUCGUUGUACUGGUAAGAGGUGAAGCGGAACGUUCUGGAGAGCCAAAUGAGCGAGCGGAUGAGAGCCUGGAAAAAGUUCUGGAUGAGUGCGGAACGAGAGUUUGUGUUUAUAAGAAGAAUCAAGACAUGAAAGAAUCUGAGCUGAUGAAACAGCUAAUGGAGAUAUGGGACAACAUGGAAGCAAACUCUGCAUCUGGAGCGCACGUGUACGAGGAGGUUGAUGACAUUGGACUAAUGAAGAUGAAGCAGACAGAUGAACGCAAUGUGCAAAACGCUCGGCCAGCUGCAGACAUCACAGUGGUGUUGCUGGGAAAGAACAACGACGACAAGUGUCUGAUAGGAAACAUCAUUCUCGGGGAAGAGCGAUUCCAGUCAGAAGACUGUCAGACAAAUACAGGAAAAGUAGAAGAUCAGAGUGUCUUACUUAUCAAAACCUCAGACUCUCUGAACCCAGAAGCACACGUGAUGGAAGAGAUGAAGCCAUUAUACACGGGUCCUCGUGUGUUCCUCUUGGUUCUGCAGGGACAUGAUGUGUCUCUCGAUGAGGCAGAAAUACUUCUACAUUUGAAGAGGUGGUUUGGAGACAACAUAGUGAAAAAAACCAUGUUGUUGGUUGACAGUGAAAAACCUUCACUUGACAAAUCUAAGUCGAUCGAGACUAAAAAGCUUCUGAGUGAGUGUGAAAACAAAGUGUGUUGGUAUAACAAAGACGUAACAAAAAACGAACUGGUUAAAGAACUGAUGAAAUACACAACGGAAAUCUUCCAGAGGGAUCAGGCUUCAAAACAUGCUGGAGAAAGAUCCGACAGUCUCAGAGUCCCACCCGUUAACUUCAUGGGACCAAAUGAAAAGAGUUCUCCUUUAAAACUGCAUGUGGAGCCAACACCAAACAAGUCAGGUGAAAAACAAGCGGAAGUGUUAGUUCAUCAGGAGCAUCCGGGACCAGUUCAUCAGGAGCGCAUGGCUGCCUCCUCCACCAUGACCAUUGUGCUGCUGGGACAGACAGGAAGUGGGAAGAGCGCUACAGGAAACACCAUCCUUGGAAAGCAGUAUUUUGAGUCUCACGCCAGUUCUGUGCCAGUAACGCAGGUGUGUCAGAAAGAAGAAGUCAAAGUGUGUGGAGUGAAGAUCACGGUCGUAGACACCCCAGAUUUCUUUAAUGAAGAUCUUAAAAACCGAGAGGACCAGCUGAGAUCAUGCAAAGAUCUCAUUCAGCGCGGGCCUGUUGUGUAUUUACUGGUGAUGGAGCUCGGCCGUUUCACAGAUGGAGAGAGAGAGGUUCUGCCACGCUUGAAGAAAGAGUUUGGUGAGGACAUGACCGCAAAAACUGUGAUUCUUUUUACCAAUAAAGAGAAACUGACUGGCAAGACUUUGAAUGAUUACAUCAACGAAACCGAUGAAGAACUUAAGAAACUGAUCCAAACCUGUCACUCAAGGUGUUGCGCAUUUAACAACAACAAGAAAAACAAUCAUCAGGUAAAGGAACUCAUGGACGUCAUUUUGAGUACGCAGACUGACAGAAAUAUGACUAUGAAACCUCAGCGUAAUGCUUUCGACAGGAGACACACCAAAUGCAGAAUCAUGUAGAUAAAGACAAAAAUGUGUGGAUUUCGAUCCAGCAAAAAUGUCUAAUUACUGAAUCCUCUCGUACCUGUAAACCAUACUUCAUACGUAUAAAUAUGUACUACAUACAUAUAUAGCCUAUAUGAUCAUAGAAAUAUAAAACUUUGUUUUACCACUAAAGAAAAUUUUAUUGGUAUUUACUGUAAAUAACAAGUAAUGAUAAAUAAAUGAUAUGGACUAAAAAGGGAAAAUAAAAUAUUAAUUAAAAAAAACUUUAAACACGAACCUAUAAGUCUGGGCUUUUAUUA